UUUUUUUGAAGUAUCUGUUACCUCCCUUGGUAAUAAAUUUGCCAUAAGAAAAGACACAACAAACUACUUUUUACAAAGCUAAAUUUGGAUGUUGCAGUUAGAUUCAUAAAAAUGAGCGACAGCCAAGGUAUCGCCCGCAGAUCAACAAGGACAGUAAAACCCACCUUCAAAAUGAAAGAGUUAGGUCUUCUAUCUACUGUAUUAGACCCUGAUGAGGAUCAUCUUAAGACUGCAGGUUCAAGAAACGGCUUAAAGAAAAACUCAAGGACAGAAUUUAGAAACCACAAUAAAGAAUUAUUACAAAAUGAUACUCGAAACAAACUCACACUAGACGAUGAAAAAGUUUGCGGUUCACUCAAUGUUGGAAGAAAAAGCAAUGGACCUAAUAACAUUUCUGUAGCCCGAAAUGUUCCAAAUAAACGCCUUCAAUUAAAAAAUGCUAAUAUUACAGAUGGUACAGGAAAUGUGGUACAUGUUAUUGACCCAAAAGCUAAAAAUCUAGUUAAAACUGCUGAAAUUGAAGGCAGUUCAAUUUCAACAACUAAAACAGUCUGCGAAACAGCAAAUUCUGGCGUUGCAAUUACUUCACUGGAUGAUUCAUGCAUUGUGGAAACUGAUAAGAUGAUAGAAAAUGUUGACAAAAAGAGGUGUAGUAUUGGGCUUGGAAGGCAUAAUAAAAUCCAACAAGCCCAUGAUGUUGCAGAUGAAAAAGAUGAUGCAGAAUCUAAGUGUGAUGACCUGACAGAACAAACAAUUAAGGUUGAAGAAUUAUAUGAUACUGAGUCUGAACUUGAUGGCCCCAGCACUGAGUCCCUGUACUGUGACAUAUGCCAGAAAAUGCUGGCUAACAAGUACAUAUACAAGAAACACGUGGCAAUACAUUCAGGUAUAAAACCGUUCCGCUGUGUCAUAUGUGAUGCGAGGUUCCCGAUACGAGAGUACCUGGUCAGUCACAUGGUCUGCCACACGACAGACAGGAAGUACAAGUGUGACGUCUGCAGUGCCACGUUCUUUAGACAAUCCAACCUUUCAAGUCACAUGAUUUCUCAUACCGAAGUGCGACAGUACCAGUGCGAGGUGUGUUCCAAGUGGUUCAAGACGAAGGCAGUUAGAGACGAGCACAUGAAGUACCACGGUGAGAGGCGGCACGUCUGUGACAAGUGUGGCAAGAGCUUUAUCACCGCCACUUAUCUCCGGAAACAUGUCAGCGUUCACGAAGGUAUUAAACCGUUCAAGUGUGAGGAAUGUGGCAAGUCCUUCCCAUAUCAACAGAGUCUGCAAGAACACUUGAUGAGACACAAGGGCAUCAAGCCUGUAUUCUGUGAGGUGUGCGGAAAAGGCUUCAACAACUUGAGGCAGCUGAAGGCCCACAAAAAGUACCACGAGGCCAAGACCGACUUUUUGUGCUCGCUGUGUAACCUCUACUACGACUCCAUAAAGUCUUUAAAGAAGCACCACUACAUGUCGCACGCUACGGUGUACAAGUGCGAACAUUGCGACCAGACAUUCAAAAACAAGCGAGUCUUGGUGUCUCACAAGUUCACGGCACACAGGGAAAAGCUUGCUAGUAGGGGAAGGUUACACGCUACUAAGUUUUCAUGUGAUAACAAAGUGGAAUGUAGUCUGUGUAAAAGGACGUUUUACAAUGAGGGGGUGCUAUCAGAGCAUCUUGUGAAUCAACAUGGUCUAGAUAAAGAGGAUGCAGAAAGAGUCAUUCAAGCCAAGGAUAUAGGUCAGAUUGUAAUAAUAAAUGAAGAACAUUGUGAAGUUCAGAAAGAGGACGAUGUCAAUGAUAAGGAGCAGUAUCGCGUGUAUUACAAGGAUGAAGAAAUAGACGUGUAUGUGACUGUCAGGAAAGGUGCUGAGAAGGAAAUUACUGACGCAGAGGCAAGAGAAAUCGUGAACGCAUUUAAGAUAUCGUCGAAUGCAAGUUUAGGAAAAACGUCUGGAAUGGCAGUUGAGGAAAGGGGAAGCAACGUAAAGGAUCUUUUGCUUGGUUCUAAGACUAUGAAACCAUUGCUAGAGGAUAAUACGGAAGCUCCAAUGCAGAUGAAAGGUGUUUCAACUGAUGAAAAUAAUAGCGAAAAUAGAAAUAAAACUAAGGAGGCAUCAACUGAUGCUUCUAAACAUGUAACCAGGAACAGUGGUGUUGAUGUUAUAAACAAGUUACAAAAUUUGGUGAACAGCCAAAAUAGCGUCUAUGGCAACAAUGGGCAAUCUUGUUACAUCGUAAAAAAGCCGGACAUGGUGGGAACAAUAAAAGACAACGAAGAACUGUUUGUUUUGGUUCCUAAUUCUAAGGUGGCAAAUAAGGAAUCGGUAUCUGAAAAUAUGCUACAAUUCCAAAGAGUAGAAUGUGACCAAAUUAGGGAUGUUUACGAAGAAAUCGUAGAUUCAACGGCUUCUAAUAACGUGGGAAAUGUUUUCGGGAUAAAUGCUGAAAAUGGCGACAAGAUUGUUCUUAUUGUGAACCAAGAUGAGAAUGUGGAGACGUACAUGGUGGAAGGGCAGGAAUACCUAGAAGUAGUGGAGUCAGAAAUGGAAAUUGAAGAAAGCUAUGGUGUAGUUGAAAGUGAUGAUGUUGAUGAUAAGCAUGAAAAUUUAGUGACACCUAACCCUGACUGCUCUGGCAAGCAUGUUUAUAGAGAUGAUGUACACAAUUUUCGUUCACAUUUAGUGACACCUAACCCAAAUUCUAGUUGUGGUCAAUAUAAUAUAAAUAAUAAUAAUGAAGCUUUAAGAUACGAAAACUCGCAAGUUAAUGCAAACAUUCCCAGACAGAAUACCGCCUCGCGGAAUUUAGUUAGCGAUAGUAACUCCGAGAUGUUUAGUAAUAAAGGAAACAUAAGGUCUGUACCUACUAGUGAAAGAUCUGUAUACACACGUCCCCAUGAAGCGUUUGUUGCCAAUGGUGAGACAAAUUAUUCACGAUUAAGCAACAACUCUUCAAAGCCCGAUGAAUUCCUUUUGACUGUACCGGAUUCAAAUUUCCCAGGAGAAAUUGCCCAGUUUGAGAACGCUUUGCGGAGAAAAGCUUUACAAUUCGAAAGUUUUAAAGAGUAUGGUAACUUUUUGGAUAACAUGAUGUUAGCGCUUCAAAAAGCAAAAGUAGAGCAGAGUAUUAUAUUUGGAACUCAAAGGCCUUAAACAUUUAACCCAUUUAUGCCUAGUGGACUCUCCCAUACUUCUAAAAUGGAUCAA